GUGGUCGAAAAAUGUCGGGAUGGGUGUUUGCUAGGGUUUAGUAGUGCCCCUGCAGCUGCCACUCUUUUCUCCCUUUUCGAAGAUUAGCCGCAAAAGCUCUCCUUUGUUUCACACAACUUUCCAUCCCGACAAAUCACAAAACCGCGUCUUUUGUCUUAACGCGGGAUCGUUGAUUCCUCUGGAUUUUCGUGAAUGAAUAUCCAGACGGAUCAGGACGGAUCUCGCGCCGUAUUUAGAAAGAUCGAGCUUCACCCCGCGAGGAAACCCUUCACAGGCUUCUCUAAUCGCGGCUCCGAUUUCAAGAUGGAGACUUUGAAUCCACGCUCCUCUAACAACAACAACAGAGCCUUCUCAUCACCCUCCGUUAAGAAGCUGGACGGUCCCGAUUCGUUUGAAUUGGAUCGAGAGCUUACUUUCACCAAAACCAUCCGCAAAAUCGGUGCUGGUUUGAAGAAUCUCGGAAACACAUGUUACCUUAACUCCGUGUUGCAAUGUUUGACAUACACCGAGCCAUUAGCUGCUUACCUGCAAGAUGUCGCGCAUGAGCAACGCUGCCGUGUGGAGGGGUUUUGUGCUUUAUGUGCAAUGCAGAAGCAUGUCAGGAAUGCUCUUCAAGCUACUGGCAAAAUCUUAGCGCCUAAAUAUUUAGUCUCGAACCUGCGAUGCAUAUCGCAAAACUUCAGGAAAUGUAGGCAGGAAGACGCACAUGAGUACAUGAUCAGUUUGCUUGAGUGUAUGCACAAGUGUUGUCUCCCUUCUGGUGUACCAAGCGAGUCCUCUGAUGCUUACAGGAGCAGCUUGGUACAUAAAAUAUUUGGUGGUAGCCUCCGUAGUCGGGUGAAAUGUGCACAAUGUUCACAUUGUUCUGACAAGUUUGAUCCAUUUCUGGACCUAAGCCUAGACAUAUGGAGGGCAGAUUCAUUGCGGAGAGCACUUUUACGUUUCACCGCUGUUGAGCUCUUAGAUAAUGGUGGAAAGGUUUACCAAUGUGAGAGAUGCAAGCAGAAAGUUAAAGCUGAAAAACAGAUUACUGUUUUUAAAGCACCUUCUGUUCUCACUGUACAUCUCAAGCGGUUUGAAGCACACAGAGCCGAAAAAAUCGACAAGAAGGUCGAGUUUCCCCCUGCAAUUGACAUGAAACCUUUCGUCAGUGGUCCAUAUGAAGGUAAUUUGAAGUACACUCUAUACAGUGUGUUAGUUCAUUAUGGUGGAAGUAUCGAUUCUGGUCACUACUACUGCUAUGUUCGCACUUCAAGUGGCAUGUGGUAUUCCCUUGAUGAUAACAAGGUUAUCCAAGUUAGUGAGAAGACUGUGUUCAACCAGAAAGCGUAUAUGUUAUUCUAUGUUCGUGAUAGACAAAAGACAGCCCCAAAGAAACCAGUUACUGUGGCUAAGAAGGAAACUUCCAAAGAGAGCGUAGCCAUGAACAGAGCUUCUUUGAUUAUAUCUUCUAACAGAAAUGAUCAGGUGAACGGGUCAACAGUCCUCAAAGCAUGUAGUUUAAAUGCUCCUGUUCCCAAUGGUACAGCACCCUUGAGAGCAUGUGAUAAAGGUGCUCCUGCUUGCUUGACCCCAAAAGAUGUGAAUGGGAAAGAGACUCAGAACAAUCCCCCAAGCAGUUUGGAGGCAAGAGAGGUCCUUAAGGGGCAAAAUAGCACAGCAUCAGUUAAAGCAAGUGAUCAAAGUGCUCCUGUUGUCUUAACCCAAAAAGAUACAAAUGCCAAAGAGAAUCAGAAAGAUCCCCCAAGCAGUGUGGAAGCAAAAGAGAUCGUUGAGAUGGAAAAUAGUGCAGCACCCUCAGAAUCAUGUGAUCAAGGUGCUCCUGCUGUCUUGACCUCAAAAGAUUUAAAUGCGAAAGAGACUCAGGCAGAUCCCCCAAGCAGUGUGGAGGCAAGAGAAAACCUUGAGAGACCCUGUGAUGUAGGUUCUCCUGCAGUCUUAACUCAGAAAGAUUUAAAUAAUAACAAGAAGGAAGAGUCACUUCCACAGGCUAAUGGGGAAGGAUCUUUGGUAAAGGAGGAUUCAAAGGCUGCAUGCAUAGUAUUACCAGGAAUGGCUUCUCCUCUCCUGGAUGACAGGACAAACACUCAAAUUCUUGUGAAUUUGCCUACUUGCGUGGCUAAAGCUGAAAAUAGCGUUGACGAGAAUAACUCUGCUAAUAAUUUGAACGAGUCUGACACUUCACUGAAGGUUAAAAAUGCAUCGAUUGGUUACUCACCUAUCGAAGAAGCGGUUGAUCAUCAUCAGACUUUGGGACAUCAGUUGGAAGAAUCGACCGAAUUAACAAAGCCAACGUCUGCUGAGGAGACUCUCACCGCACCAAGAAAGACUCGCAAGCGUAACAUGAAAACCGUUCAGGUGGGGUUAUCAUCUUUCAAGCUGGCACUUGGCGUUCGUAAAAAGAAGAAACAAAAGAAGGGAAGAUCUAAGGAGCUUUUAUCCAAGAAAAGAGCUACAGAUCUAGAGCGGUCCACUCCGCUGAUAACUAGCAAAGCUGCUUCUGGCUCUGCUUGCUUGCACGGGAAGGGUAAAAGUGUCAGUGUCGAAAAUGAAAGGCUAAGGGCUAGUAAUGGGAAUAUGCUGCUUGCCUCUGCAACCGUAGAGCUGAAGGAGAGAACUAACCAAAAUGGUGCAGUUCUUGCGUCAGACCAACAACAGCCGUUGAAGAGAUCGGACUUGUCUGAAGCAAGCCAAAACGCCAAAAGAAAGAGAGACAGUUCGAAAGAAGAACAAAUAUUGUUACAGAAAGAACAGGUGACCAUUCUCACAAGGGGUUUGCCAGAGACAGUUGUUGCGAAAUGGGACGAGGAAGUUUCAGCUUCUAAGAAGACGGGAAAAAGUGAAAGCACGAGAAUUGGAUAUGUAGCUGAUGAAUGGGAUGAAGAAUAUGACAGAGGGAAGAAAAAGAAGAUGAGGAACAAAGAGGAGAUGUAUGUAGGGCCGAACACGUUCCAGGCGUUUGCAUCUAAGAAACAACAAACGGAUACAAAGAAGAAAUGGACACAAGGCAGGAAUACUGCAAAGACAGGCUUCCGGAUAUAAUCAAGGGACCGACCAGCCAUCAUCUAAUCUAUAAAGAGUAUGUAAUUCACGUGUUACUGCUGUAUUUGGCUGACAGUGAUGUUAACAAAAGAGGUAAAGUAAGACUAGACAUUAGAGAGUGUUUGUGAUCUUUUUUUUCUCUCUCUCUCAGUUUUGUUCUGUUUCUGAUAAACAAAGACGGAUUCAUUCCCUGGUUUUGGAGUAAGAUUAUCUUUUUUUUUU